UGCCCGAGAAUAAUAUGGAACGCCGAAGUCAACCAAUACGAUUUAUUUGUGAUAAUUAUCGCUCUCCGUAUGCUUCGCGCCUGUCUAUGGAGAAUUCCCCAACACAUCCCGGGCAGCACUUCCGAGGAUAAAUUGUUCCGACAAUGUCUGCUGACCAUAGUGAUUGUGACACUUUCCGCUUCGGUCAUGAUGUAUCACUGCGAGAGAGCUCAUGCUGAAACCCCCAUUACUAGCGGCAUGACCGCAUUCUGGUACAACGCGAUCAUAAUGGCGACCGUUGGAUACGGCGGUUUGGUACCAAAGAGUGUCACCGGAAAAAUCAUCACUAGUACUUGCACGUUGAAUGGUGCGCUUCUUAUGAUGGUAUUCCUGCAAAUGCUGUAUCUGAACGCAUGCCGGGCAUCUGACCACUACUAUCGCCUCCGUGAAAAGCAAAAGACCCGACAGGCUUGGUCGGAUCCAGCAGAAAGAUCAGGCUGA